CUCGACUCCGCCUCCCCCGCUCCUCACCGCCGCGCCGCCUCGUCCAUUGCCGCCGCCGCAUCAAUUGACCCCCGGACCACGCGGUAUCUGGAACCCGUCUCCAUCUCCACUUCUUCUCGCUUAUACUCUCUGUUUGUUGUGUUCCGCUGCUACUCGCUUCCCCAUCGGUUGCCCACUACACUUCUAGUGGACCGGAUUGUCCUGUCUGCCUAACAAGUGAUGGUUCUGUUUCGCUCCGAGAACGACCUAAUGGCCGCUGAAGACUCAAAAGAUAUCCUAAAGAAGCGUCUCCCAAAGAAAAUCAGAGAAGUCCCUGACUGCUAUUUUCUCCCUCGUCGAUCAUGGCCUUCUGCACUGGCAAUCUACGGUGCUGUAUGUGCUGCUAGCUUUGGUGCAGGGAUGCUUCUUGAGGUUUGGAUAAACAAAAAGAUCAAAGAGGACAGUGGCAUUGUCUGGGAGAUGGAUAAAUGAUGCAAUGCAUGCUUUGUUGUGGUGAAUCCCGCGUUGUCAUCAUGGACACAGCUAGCUCUGAAGAUUUCUGGUGGAAAUUGACACAACCUUGUUUCUGUAUCUGGAUCUAUUAUGCAUAAUGGCAGAAUGAUGUCACAAACCUUUGAGCCUCAUUAGUCGAAUAAACUCAAAUUAUCCAAACAGUAUAAGAAACUGUUGUUCCGGUGGGCACUGUCGCCUAUGCACUGGUAAGCAUCAGUCUGAACAUUUCUUGUUUCUGAUGGUUCGGUGGCAUGUUGUGAUCAAAUUUGGUGAACAAUGACAUUUUUUGUUGCGUCGAUGACUUUUGAGGGGCA